AUGUGGAUGUGUCAAAAUGAUCAACUUCCAGCUCUGCGGUCUUUGACUCCCAUCAAGGAUUCAUCAUUUACUGAGUCCAGAGGGAAAAAUGGAGAACUUCGUGUUGGGAUUCGUCGUGCAACAAAUCUACUGAACAAUGCAUCUACAUCUGUAAUAUCCGGCCACAGUAUGCAACAUGGGAUUCUUGCCAGCGCUUUCCACGCCAUGUCAACUGGCACAAUGUUUUCCGUCUACUACCGACCAUGGACCAGUCCUGCUGAAUUUAUCAUUCCUUUCGACCACUACAUGAAGUCUGCUGAAAUUGACUACUCCAUUGGGACAAGAUUCAAAAUGCAAUUUGAAGGUGAAGAAUGUGCUGAAAAGAGAUAUGGAGGCACUGUUGUUGGUAUUGAAGUUGUUGAUCCCAUUAGGUGGCCUGAAUCGGGAUGGAGAAGUCUCAAGGUCAACUGGGAUGCUACAUCAGAUGCCGUUGUGCGUCCAGAACGAGUUUCUCCUUGGGACAUUGAGCCGAUAGACUUCACUGACAUUACAAGUAAUUCUGAUAAACUCCCACAAAAGAGGCCACGUCCUUCCGAUUUGUCAACACAUACACUUCCCUAUUUUGUUGAGGAAGACUUAAAGCAAAAUGCAAUAAUAUUUGGAUCUCAAAGUGGCUCAGGGGUCUUGCAAGGUCAAGAAAGUGCGGUAGCUGGUAUUAACAUAGUGGAUGUACCAAAACCACCAUCAAUGCUAAAUAUGGUUUCCCCCUCAAAUCCUGAUGGGAAUCACAAAAACAUAGGAUUGGAAAAUCAGCUGCACUCUGCAGUGCAGGACUCACUUUACUGUUAUCAAGGCAGCAAGGUGCCAUUUACUGGUGGGAACACAGCAGAUGUGGAUCUUUCUAUUCACUGGCUCCCUACAUUCAUCUCUUAUGGACUUGUCAACACUGUUGUAAGCUGUAACUCGUCAGUUGCAAAUUCUAGUUCUCAUGACCAAAGGGCUUUGGAACUGAAGGAUGCAAAUGAAGUUCAAAUUGCUCAACUAAAUGGUGGCAGCAGAUGCAUGGUUUUUGGUGUCAAUUUGCAUAGUCCACCGGAGCUCCCUUCACCACAAGUCGCCACUUCCAGUGAGCGUGAAAGUCUUUGUUCUGUUCCUCCAAUGUCUCAAUCAAGUGUCUCUGAAGGCAUCCAGCUUUCUGAGCGAUCCAAGUCUGUCUCUUUGAUUGGUCCAAGAAAACAAUGCAACAACUGCUGCUUUGUCACUAACAGGAGUCGUAUUAAGGUGCAAAAGUGCGGAACUGUUCUAAGAAGAUCAGUUGAUCUCUCACUUUUUGAGGGGUAUGAUGAACUAGUUUGUGAGCUUGACCAUCUGUUUGAUUUCAAAGGAAGCUUGAUAGAAGGGACCAGUGGGUGGCAUGUGACCUACAUGGAUAAUGAAGGGGAAAUGAUGCUCCUUGGAGAUUACCCGUGGCAGGAUUUCGGGUUCAUGGCGAGAAGGUUAAUCAUCCGCCUGAAGGAGGACAAUGACGAGCGAAAUUUGAACUCACCAGAUACUGUGCCUAUGGAAUAAUGACAGCUUAAGUUACAUCAUCUGUGUUGCUUACAUCGACUUCAUGAACUUGUUUCUACGAUUGGAAAGGUUUGUUGAUGCAUGUUACUGAAUUGCAAUAGCGUAACUUGUUCUUAAAAUCUGGACGCGUCUACGGAUGAAUGCUUUGUGUGCCCUUUAAUAAAUGUUUUGAUACAGCUAAUGUGUAUGCCAUCAUGAACAUAUUUCAUGAAGGCAGCCACAAUUUUAUUUUGAAUAAAAGUAAUUUAUGUUUUCUGUUGA